AUGAGUGCAAGUGAAAAAUCUGAUGAAGAAAAUGCCGCGAAAAACAAUUUACAAAAUUCUGAUACUUUUACGAAUGCGGAAACCUUUUUAAAUGGCAAAUUUACCGUUGACAGAACUUCUAUUCCUACUGUACUUGAAAAUGGCCAACUGUCAAGCCUUGGAAUUAAAGUUUAUCAACAAGAAGUUUUGGAGGAAGGAAUAUUGCAUCAAGUUGACAAAGCUCUUGAAAUAUUAACAAAAAAAAAUGAUAAGGAAAAUGUCACAUGUCAAAAACACAAAAAUCAAGAAGAGAAUAAAAGUGAAAAUGAUAAUGAAAACAAUGCAAAACAUAAUUCUUUAUUACUCACAGCUCCUGAAGAAACAGAAAAAGAAAAAAAAAUUAGAAUGGGUGAAAUGACACCUUUCGGUACAGAGGUUUCAAUCAAAAAAAUUGAAGGGAAUAAUUUAGAAAGAAUUGAAGAAUAUAUUGCUAAACAAAGGCUAAAAGGCACAAAUGAAAAAAAAGGUGUUAAAAGAAAACAUAAUUUAAUUUCAAAAGAAAAAAAUAAUACAAAUCAAAAAAGUAAAUUAAUUAAAAAUACAAAUAUAUUGAAAAAGUCAAAUAAUUUUUCAUUGGAAAAAAAUGAGAGCGAUGAUGAAAAUCAACUUGUAAGAAAUUCAAUAAAGGAAACAAAUAAUGAAAAUUUUAAGAAAAGAAAAAAUGAUUAUUCAUCUGGAAGUGAGUACAUUCCUUCAGACUCAAAUUCGAGUGACUUAGAUUUCGAAUUGAAAUCCGUAACGAAAAAUAAAAAGCAAAUAAAAAAAAGUAAAAUUGCUAAAGAAGAAUCGGAAAUUGAUAAUGAUUAUGUUGAUACUAAAUCAUCCAAGGAAAAAAAGCAAAAAAUCGAAAAAGAUGAUGGCGAUGAAAUAAGUUAUUUACAAAGAAUAGAAGAUUGGGAAAGUGAAAAUAAAAGGGAAGAAUAUGAAACACAACUUCAAACCAUUGACAAUGGAUUUAAAAUGCCAUCAAUUAUAUGGAAUAAACUUUUUAAAUAUCAAAGAGUAGGAGUUCAGUGGCUUUGGGAAUUAAAUAUUCAACAAUGUGGAGGAAUUCUAGGAGAUGAAAUGGGUUUAGGGAAAACUAUUCAAAUAAUUGCAUUUUUAGCUGGAUUAAGUGUUAGUAAAUUAUUAUCUAGGCAUGGCUAUUUUAGAGGACUUGGCCCCGUUUUAAUCGUUUGUCCCACCACAGUCAUGCAUCAAUGGGUUAGGGAAUUUCACAAAUGGUGGCCUCAAUUUAGGGUAGCAUUAUUACACGAAUCGGGAACGUAUCACGGUAAAAAAUACGAUUUGAUUAAGAAUAUUAUAAAAUCUAAUGGCAUUCUUAUCACUUCAUACAUCACCUGCCUGCAACAAAGUAGCGAUCUUCAAAGGCAAAAAUGGCAUUACGUUAUCUUGGACGAAGGUCAUAAAAUUAGAAAUCCAGAUUCUCAAAUAGCAAUAAAUAUCAAGCUAUUGAAUACUCCGCACCGUUUAAUUCUUUCCGGUUCACCAAUUCAAAAUAAUUUAAAGGAACUAUGGUCGUUAUUUGAUUUUAUAUUUCCUGGAAAGUUGGGAACUCUACCCGUUUUUCUGGCAGAGUUUGGAGUACCGAUAACUCAAGGAGGUUAUGCCAAUGCAUCAAAAGUUCAAGUUUUGACUGCGUACAAAUGUGCAACCGUACUUCGCGAUACCAUUUCUCCUUAUCUUUUGAGGCGAGCUAAAGAAGAUGUCAAAACUCACAUUAAUCUCCCACCGAAAAACGAACAAGUUUUGUUUUGCAGGCUGACCAACGAGCAAAAAGAAUUAUACGUUAAUUAUUUAAAUUCUGGAAGCGUUAACGAAAUUUUUAACGGAAAACAAAAACUUUUUGUAGGUUUGAUAAAUCUAAGAAAAAUAUGUAAUCAUCCUCAUUUAUAUUCGGGGGGACCAAAGCAUGUAAAGCUGGACGAUUUAGAAUUCAUACCGGAGGAAAAUAAAUUUGGUUAUUGGAAAAAAGCUGGAAAAAUGAUCGUUAUGGAAACGCUGUUAAAAAUUUGGAAAAAACAAGGGCAUAGAGUUCUAAUUUUUACUCAAAGUAGAAAAAUGUUGUCGAUUCUUGAAAAUUUUGUUUUGUCGCAAAACUACGAGUACUUGAAACUUGAUGGAACGACUAACAUAGGGAGCAGACAACCUUUGAUCAAUAAAUUCAAUGAAGAAAAAAAAUAUUACAUAUUUUUAUCAACUACUCACGUGGGAGGAUUGGGAGUAAAUUUAACUGGUGCGAAUAGAGUUGUCAUUUACGAUCCAGAUUGGAAUCCAGCCACGGAUAUGCAAGCACGUGAAAGAGCAUGGAGAAUCGGACAGGAAAAUCAAGUCACGAUAUACAGGCUCGUAACUUCUGGAACGAUCGAAGAAAAAAUUUAUCACCGGCAAAUAUUUAAACAAUUUUUAACUAAUAAAGUGUUGAAAGAUCCAAGUCAAAGGCGAUUUUUUAAAAGCAACGAUCUCUACGAAUUAUUUACUUAUAAAGACGACGAAUAUUCAAACGAAACUUCGGCGAUAUUCGCCGGUACGAAUUUCGAAUUAAAUUUAAAAAAUAUUCAGCUGCGAAAAAAAAAGGAAAAAUCAAAGAAGAAUUUAUCAUCGAUCGAACCGGAAUCUGUACAAAAUGCCGUGGAGGCUCAAAAAAUAUUAACGAAAGAAAAAAUUGAAAAAAUGAAACAAAUGGCACAAAUUUUGAGUCGACAAAUAGCAUUGAACUCAAGUUCGAAAGAUAAAAAUCCUGAAAAUCCUGGCGAUCCUACACAUCGAACAAAUAACGAUUCGAUAACCGAUGUAGAAAAUUUAAAAUUAGUAAAUAAUCGAGAAAAAAAAAGGGAUAAGAAAAAGGGGAAAAAAAAAGAGAAAAAAAAAGAUUCCAACGAUGCGUAUUUCGAUGGUGAAUUCAUUCCUCAUUUGAAAAAGAAAAAAAAUUACAGAGACGUCAUUAAAAAUGCUUAUAAUUUUGAAAAAGAUGAUGAUUACAUAUUGAAAAAAUUAUUCUCUAAAUCAGGCGUACAAUCCGCUUUAAAACACGAUCAAAUAAUGGGUGAAAAUUCGAGUGAUUAUGCUUUAGUCGAAGGAGAAGCUGAAAAAGUUGCUAAGGAGGCUGUGAAAGCAUUAAAAGAAUCAAGAAGACAAUACGUGCUUAGUUUUAAUGAAACGUCUUCGAGUAUUUCCCAUAAGGCAAGAUUCGGGAAAAAAUCAUUUCGACGACGACCGGGAUCCGGGAACACCGAUGAAAAUAAACGACAUUUUCUUUCGCAGGAAAAAAUUAUGACGUCAUCGGAAUUGUUACAACGUAUUCGUCAACGGAACGGAAUGAGUUCCUCCGCAUCGGAUUCUUCAUCUUCAUCAUCAUUGGAUGAAAAUUCCGAACUGUUGGCCGACAUUAGAAAUUUUAUAUCUUUCGGUGCGGAAGUGGAAAAUAAAGCUUCAACUCAAGAAAUAGUCGACAAGUUUAAAGAUCGAUUACCCUCGGGUCAAACUCCUCUUUUCAAAGCUCUCCUAAAUGAAAUAUGUGAGUUUCAUAGGGGUUCGAACGGGGAAGGGAUUUGGGAAUUACGACAAGAUUUCCAAUGGUGA